CUACAGUGCGCACGACUGAGACACAGGCACAGUGCGUGUAUGAAAAUAAAACAGACAGGGAAUUUUGUUGCCUGGAGGAGCUAUUCGAGUUUUAAACAUCUCAAAAUUGACCAAAAUCGGGGUUGGAACUUAAAAAGGAGAACUAGAACAGCAAAGGGGGGAAAAAAGCAAUGACUCAGUGUAAUUUGGUUCUUAGAAGUGGGAGUGCGCGCAUAUAAAGAGCGUUUCGUUGAGGACGUUGGCCAUCUCACUCGUCACUCGUCACUCUCUCCCACGCUGACCCAAGGAUAACGGACUGUCAACAGCAGAGGCUAUUUUUGUGACUUCGUGGACUCCUACAGAUUCGGUUGAUUUAGGCAUCGCUGGAAGAAAUUAUGUCCGCACUUUCAGGCGCAGAGCUUUGCAUAAAGUACCUUCUAUUCGUCUUUAAUUUUAUAUUCUGGCUUGCAGGAACAGCAGUGCUAGCUGUUGGCCUAUGGUUGCGAUUUGACAAGAAAACAGAGGGGCUUUUUGCCGAAAAUGACUCCCCCUCUGUCUUUUUCACAGGGGUGUAUCUCCUCAUCGUCGCCGGCGCCCUCAUGAUGGUGGUGGGCUUCCUGGGCUGCUGCGGAGCCAUCAGGGAGUCUCCGUGCAUGCUGGGAUUGUUCUUCUUCUUCCUCCUGCUGAUAUUUGCUGCUGAGGUGGCUGCAGGUAUCUGGGGACUGUCAAAUAAGGACAAGGUGGUGGAUGACAUUCAAAAGUUUUACACCCAGACCUUUGAAAACUACGUGAAGGAAAAAACGGAAGCCCUAAAGGGUACGCUGAAAGCCAUCCAGUAUGGACUUGACUGCUGUGGGCUCACUGGCACCAUCGUUGAUUCCGCUGUGGCUACCGAUACCUGCCCCAAGAAGGAAGGGCUGGAAAUGCUCAUCACCACGAGUUGCCUAACUGCAAUUGAUGAGAUGUUCAACUCUAAGCUGCAUGUGAUUGGAGGAGUGGGCAUCGGUAUUGGCGUCAUCAUGAUCUUUGGCAUGAUCUUCAGUAUGCUGCUGUGCUGUGCCAUCAAGCGAACCCGGGAUAUUGUGUAAGGCCGUCAUCACCAUGGAAACUCCUGCUCCUGCUCCGUUCUGUUAAUUUAUCCAGCGUGAGUGUUUGAAUGUAUGCACGUGUGUGUGUGUGUGUGUGUGUGUGUGUGUAUGCGUGUGUGUUUGGGCGCUUGCGCAUAACUCCAGUUUGAAGAUCACUGCUUCAACAUGCAUCCUUUUUUGGGGGGCGUCUAAUGCCAUAUCCCUGAAGCUAUUAAAACAUUAAUGAACUCGGCGUCUACCUUCACACACUCCAUGUGGGGUUAGGGGUAAGGCCGUGGUUUGGAGUGCCUCCUCUCCCACAUCUACUGUAUGUAAUAUAACCGCAAACGGUCCAACCACUGAUUUGUUUAAGUUUGAUGUUCUGAAGGCUCGUAUCAUGUGGAUGGACCUGCUUUAUAUUUUGGUGUUUUGAGAGUACUUUUGUUUUGCUAUAUGGUACAUUUACUUAGCUGUUAAGUUUUUAUUUUUCAAGCCAUGAUUUAACUUUUCUAAUGUUUUAAUUUGUGGAGAUCUGAUUUUAUAAACACAGUUUUAUGUAUCUAUUUUGAUGAACAAAGAUAUGAGUAAUAGUCCUGAAUGCCAAAUAAAAAUGGUCUAAUGCGGAUCUAAAGGGUU